GCCGGCGAUAUUAGCUAGCACUCGCUCACGGUUAUUCUCUGUAAAAGGGGAAAAGUCGGUGAAAAGACGUUUAACGAAAUAAUCGAGAACACCUCAUUAAAACAUACAACACCAGGGCCCAAGACUGAAAGACUGUUCUUUAGCUUGAGAAGGCGAAAGGGCUUGAUUUGGGGCUGAAAUCAAAAAAAAUUUUUUUUUUGAUUUCUGUUUUUGUUGUGUCACCAUGGAAGAGAACAGUGCUCACUUCUUCGAGGGGACCGAGAAGCUGCUGGAGGUUUGGUUCUCUCGGCAGGACGACAGCAAAGGUACCGGGGACCUACGAAGCAUCCCGAGGUUUGAGUGGGACAAACUUCUGGAGAAUGUGCAUUGUUUGAUCAUAAGUGUGACAAAGACUGACAAGCAGGAAGCUUAUAUACUCAGCGAGAGUAGCAUGUUUGUCUCCAAGAGACGUUUCAUUUUGAAGACAUGCGGAACCACCCUCUUACUGCAAGCGCUGGUGCCCCUGCUGCAGCUGGCGCGCGAGUACUGCGGCUUUGACGCCAUCGAGAACUUCUUCUACUCUCGUAAGAACUUCAUGAAGCCCACCCAUCAGGAGUUCCCCCACCGAAACUUUGAGGAGGAAGUGGGAUUUCUCAGCCAGAUCUUCCCAAAUGGAGCAGCAUAUUGUAUGGGACGUCUGAACUCUGACUGCUGGUACUUGUUUACUCUGGAGCUGCCGGAGUACUGGGAGAACAAGCAGGCAGACCAGACGCUGGAGGUUCUGAUGAGCGAUCUCGACCCAGCUGUGAUGGACCAGUUCUACAUGAAAGACGGUGUUUCCGCUAAUGAUGUCACUCGUAUGAGUGGAAUUUGUGACCUGAUUCCAGGUUCUGUGAUCGACGCCACAAUGUUCAACCCUUGUGGCUACUCCAUGAAUGGAAUGAAGACGGAUGGAACUUACUGGACUAUUCACAUCACCCCUGAGCCAGAGUUCUCAUACGUUAGUUUCGAAACCAAUCUCUCCCAGUCGUCCUAUGACGACCUCAUCAGGAAAGUUGUGGACAUCUUCAAGCCAGGGAAAUUUGUGACUACGCUUUUUGUUAAUCAGAGCUCCAAGUGUCGCAGCGUGUUCUCGUCUGCGCAGAAACUCGACGGCUACAGGCGCCUGGAUCGCCAGCUGGCCCACUUCAACGACUACAACUUCGUCUUUACCAGUUACGCCAAGAAGCCGCAGCAGAGCUAAAGAUGAGAAAACGCAGAAAGAAAGCAGCCGCGGUGCUCUGCUGCGCCGAGCUGUAUUACUGUAGCUGUAUCGCGAGUUUAUCUUGUAAACGUCCUCGUACCCGAUCCGUAGAUAUGUUGCAUGAAAGCUCUUGUGUCGAUGUAGAUAUUCUAGCUCACUCUUGCUGUGAUCUUGAAGUGCAUGUAGAGUUGAGGAGCCUCCCUUUCCUGCAGGUGUCCCCCCUCAUCCUCCACAGACAGGGUUUCCGUGCCCACUGAGCAGGGACCCUGGCAUGCUCAGAUCGAUGGGCCUGUUUUAAUCCCCUGCCUGAUCUUGAAAUACAGCAAAGAUUAAUUUAUAGAAAUUGAAUAAAUGUGUAUAAAACCCUGACUCUCCAUGACUGGUUCCUAAUAAAGUACACAAACCAGGUCUUUUUGGGGAGGAGGAGGGAAUGUGCACACACGAAGUGCACCAAAGCAUCUUGCUUUAAGCUACAACUUUAUCAUUCCACGCCUCUGAAUGGAGAGUCGGUGAAUGUAGAUGUAAUGGCUCUGUACACACAUGAAUGCUUGGGUUUCCCAUCAUUGUUCAGGCUGCCAAAACAAUGCAUAUCCCUGGAUCUGAGCAUGUCAGGGUUCUCCUCGAUCAUUCCACACUUAACAGUUGCAUCAACUGUGCUGCUUUUUUUUUUUUUUUUUUCUUUUUUGGGGGGUAGGGUGCAAAACAGUGCGAUGAUCGAGCAAACAUGACUCCAAUGCUACCACCUCCCCUCCAGACUGAAUGUGGUUAUGACCUUCGUCCAUCUGUUCCCUCUUUGACUCAACUUAGACCUUUUCUCAUGGGGAUGGGAGAUGCUAAACGGUCAUUAACCCCAUCAAGUAAGGGGUCAUCUGUAAUUUAUCAUUAGCAUGAGUCUACAAAGAGUAGACUUUUAAGCACACCCCCCCAGUGUACAGUAGCGGACAAAAAAAUGGAUCUACGUGGAAUAGGAAUUCAAAAUAAAACCAUGUCUUGUAUUACUUUUUAUUAAAAUCGGAUGACAGGACAAUACAAAGAUACACAAGGCGGGUCCAGAAGUUUUCAUAGAAAGCAAGCGAUUCAUUUUUGAAAAUUAGGGACGGUCUUUUGGCUCAUGAACAAUAGGAAAUCCAUCCCUUAAAAGUGUCGCUGUUUUUACCUCUAGAUUAAAUGUUGAAAAUAAAUAAAACACAUUUUGGAGCUAGGGCUGGUCGUGCAGGACAUUUCAUUCUGAAAUGGAAGAAAAGACUGACUGCUGACGCAAGUACGAAAUACCCCUACGAUAUCCUACAUACCGUUUUUACGAGAGAAAUAAUCCCGAAUUGUAAAAGUCGACUUGAUUUUUUUUUCCAUCCAGGCGAUCGCGUGCCAGCACAGCUCACUUUGCUUUGAAAUGUUCGUUUUUGAUUCUUUCCAAGCAGCCUGUCCUGCCCUAACUGCCUCCUGCCGCUUCUCAGAUGAAUGCAGGAAACGGCAAACGUUUAAAAACUGCUCGUACUCGUCUGAAGGAGUCUUGUGAAUAGCGAUUUGUAAAUGCGGUCAAAAUCUGGGUCAGCCAUCGUCGUAUUGAAGAAAGAAAGCGUGUAGAGCUAGCUGGCAACACCGAUGUGGCGCGAAAUUUUUAACAUGGCGGCCGCCGAUUCGCACGUUGACGGCUCGUUUUUAAAGAAGUGUACGCCUGGUCAUUAACCCCCUCCCCCUGCGUAGGGUUUGUAUGCUCGUGAUAAUGAUAAAUUAUGGAUGACCCCUAACCAGUCUUUGCCAAAGCACCUUUUUCUCUCUAGCUCAAAGUUUCUCAGCUCAAGCCUCGGUCACCUAUAAAAGAUGCUAAACGUUAGCAUUUACCUCUUUUUCCGUAAAAUUUUCAGACAGGGAGAAAAUGACCGCAUCAGUAAGAUUAUGAACUGUGCGUGGUAAGAGAGAGCAACUGGACUUGCUUGAAGAUUCUUGAUGUUUCACCUCUUACCUGAAGGGCUUCUUCAGUUCUGUUUGACGAAUGGGGAGUAUCGGGUAACAAAACAACCGCUUCACAGGCGCAUGGCUCAACACAGGAGAGCCAGGUCCUCAGGCCAGAACUCUGCUGUCUAUCUUCAUCUUAACAAAGGACACUCGGUUCGGCCAGACAGGAGCGUUGGUAUGAGCGAGGAGCCAUUUUUGUCAACAUGGAACGGCCAUCGCUGAACAGAGGUGGUGGUCUAAGACAUCAUUUAUCAGCCACCUACGAUGCAGUCCUUGGCACACUUCCCAGACAACUGCAUGCACACCCAAACCCAGCUGUUUUCACUGACUCACAGGAGGACUUGUACCCUGUCCACACUAGGGAUUUUGUACCGAUACGAUACUAGGCCAUUAUUAAAAAAUGUUCCAUUUCCGGUCCACUGGCCGGGUGAGUGCCGUUUGUACGGGUGAAAUUUUUUUUUUAACGCCGGUUUUUCGACAUUUUUUUCGGGUUCGUAAAUCUAAAAUCGAACUUGACAUUUCCGCAUUCCCAGGGCUUUCCACUAAGGCUCAUACUAGCCAGCCAUGACAAAUAAAUAGCACAAAAUAAACUCCUGUGCACGCAGUUCCCAGGAUUAAAUGCAUUUUCCACAGACCAUUUAUUUAUUCACUUUACUCAAAUACAAAGUAAAACGGCAGUAAAUCAUCUUUCUUUUCUUGCGUAUUGCAUCAUGAGGCGUUCCUGGCUUGUAAAUCUCUUAAUUUCGGUGCAUGACACAUUCACGCAGCUGAGUGCGCGCGGAUGAGUUACUCUCCCUUGAUCAACGGUUCAGUUUGACAUUAUUGUCAGUCCGUUAGAUAAACGUUUAAUAUUUAGAGCCUGUGGGCUACAAAAAUAGUCAUUAAAGUAGCCGGCUGGACUUAAUUGUGUGGCCGGCGCUUGUGGAAAGCCCUGUCGAAUCAGCUCUGCGCAUGCGCCGUGCGGCACAAAAAAACGGCAGCCACCAUGAAGGAAGGAGAUCCGGAGUCUUCAAACAUUUGCUUAAGUGUGAAAUCGCAAAAUGGUAUUCUAGCGAACAACAAAAUAGUAAAGAUUCAGAAAAACAAAUCAUUCAGUGAUCAUUUUAAUAGUGUAAUUUCAUCCGAACUAGGUCGAUUUAGAACUACAAAAAGUCCGUGUGUCGGACAUUUUAAGUACCUUUGUAAAAGUUUUGCAAAUGUUGCAGUCAGCAUUUAAAAUGCUAACUUAAAGUUUUUGUACAAGUUUCAGUUGAUUAAACUGUCAUUUUAUUAAAUGUGUCUGCUUUUGUAAUAAAAAAGUACUGAAAGAAAAAGCAAACACAGCAUUGCGAUUUCUUAUCCAUCCAUAUAUAAUUAAAAAAAAAAUCCCUUCCUCCCGACUGAAAUUUUUUUUGCCCACCCGGUGGACAGGAAACGGAUUUUUUUUUUUUUUUAAGGAUGGCCCUACUUUCAUAGUAUCGAAAGUAGUAAACACACUAGCGCUUCGCUGUAGUGUGGACAGAUGAAGCGGUUCUGUAUCGAUACAAAUAUAAUGCGCAAAAUCACACGCCUCAAUCGAUGUCUUCGCUGAAUAAAGUAGCGAAGAACGGAGAUUCAUUUCUUUCUCAACUACCUCGCGUGUUUUAUACGAUUCGACUGAAUAAAUAAUCAUAUAAAUGACUUUAUAUGAUUCGACUGACCACCAGAAAUACAGACUGUACAUUGACAACAAGAAGCGCACACGUUUCAUCCGCCAUAUUCUCGGAAGGAAGUUACUCGGUAACCAUGGAAACAUUUCACACACACGCACAUUUCUCGCUAGUAUGGACCGAUGCACUAAACUGUACCGGUAUACUUUGUAUUGAUACAGUUAUACCACUAUCGUACGUGUGGUAUCGUAAGUGUGAGCACAGCUUUAGUCAGACGGAACUGAAGAAGCCUUUCGGAUGAGAGACGAAACAUCUUCAAGAAUCUCCAAGCAAGUCCAGUUGCUCUCUCUUACCACCCACAGUUUACUCUGAGCUGGAUGACCAAGCAUCUUCACAAAUUAUGAAGCCUCUCCAGCUGCUAAACAUGAAAUAAGGUGGUGUACUAAUCUGCACCGGGUUUCCCAAAAGCCUCAACACGAAGAGCGGCUUAACUAGGAGUACGUGUUCUCAGUGUGAUGCUUUUGAGAACAGGUUUUCCGACCUGUCUAAACCCUCUUAUAUCUACUGGUGCCAUCAGGGAAAGGUAGCUUCCCAUGUGGACCAUUUAACAAGUAGUAGUUUUUUUUUUUUUCCUCUAAACCUUGGGGCAUUCCUUUUUUUUUUUUAACUUGCAUAUUUUUUUGUACUUUUUCUAUAUCGUGGACCAAGUGCAUUUUUGUUUGGCUGGUAUUUUUCUUCUCCCAAUCAAUUCUGAGGUGGAUGAAUUCAGGGUGGGUUCCCCCUCCUGCUCUCUGAGGAUGAGGAUGGCUGCUCUGGAUGGGAAGGGAAACUUUGCUAUUCUGGUUCUCUUGCUAUUUCCUUGGUUGAUCAAGAUGUGCUAAAUAUCUGUACUGAGCUUGAUGCGUUAAAGACAAAUAAAACGUCAGCAACUUUAAA